CUCUGCUUUCUCUUCUCUUCAUCUCUGUCUUCCUUCAUUCACCCUCUGUUAUCUCUUUUGUACUUUCUUUUUAUCGUAUCCUAUCUCAUUGUCCAUCUGCCCACCAUGUCCCCCAAGAAACCAGAACCAAAGAAAGAUGCAGUGAAAAUGUUGCCAGAACCAGAAACAGCUAAAGAACUGGACUUUGAUCCACACAGCAUCAAGAUUGAGUUCAGCUCCAAUCAGAUUGAAGAGUUUAAAGAAGCAUUUCAGCUGUUUGACCGAACUGAAGAUAAUCAGAUGAAGAUAUCGUUUUCUCAAUGUGGAGACGUGAUGAGAGCUCUUGGACAAAAUCCAACCAAUGCAGAAGUCCUUCGAGUGCUGGGACGACCCAAACCUGAGGAAAUGGACAGUAAACUGAUGGACUUUGAGACUUUCCUGCCGAUGCUGCAACAUGUGGCUCAGUCAAAAGACAAAGGGACGUACGAGGAUUUUGUGGAAGGCCUCCGAGUUUUUGAUAAAGAAGGAAAUGGGACGAUGAUGGGUGCUGAGCUCAGACACGUCCUGGUCACUCUGGGGGAGAGGAUGGCAGAGGGAGACGUGGACAAGCUGCUGGCAGGACAGGAAGAUGCUAAUGGAUGUAUUAACUAUGAAGCUUUUGUGAAGCACAUCAUGGCUGGUUGAAACAACCUGAGUGUGUUUAUCAACGUGUUUCAACAGUAAAAUGAAUGGAGUAGACUUACAGCCAAUAGCAAUGCCGUAUGUCUGACUUUGAGGUUGGACUUUGUUCACUACUUUAUUCUCAUGUUUUUUUUUUCUUUCUGCUGUGAACACUUUCUCUGUCCAGUGAAGGAUCAAGUGUUUUAAUAAAAUUCAUAAACACA